UUCCAGAUUGGGUUCGGCCAUUUCAGCUCCGCAGGCAAACCCCACCGAGCGAGUAGGCGCCUGAUAACACCUGAAGAUGAGUGAACAAGCUAUUUCCUUCGCCAAGGACUUCUUGGCCGGUGGUAUUGCCGCUGCCAUCUCCAAAACAGCUGUAGCCCCCAUUGAGAGAGUCAAGCUUCUUCUCCAGGUACAACAUGCCAGCAAACAGAUCUCCGCUGACAAGCAGUACAAGGGCAUCAUGGACUGCGUCGUCCGUAUCCCCAAAGAGCAGGGCUUCCUCUCUUUCUGGAGAGGCAAUCUGGCCAACGUAAUCAGAUACUUCCCCACCCAGGCCCUCAACUUUGCUUUCAAGGACAAGUACAAGAAGAUUUUCCUCGACGGCGUGGACAAGCGCAAACAGUUCUGGAGAUACUUUGCAGGUAACCUGGCGUCCGGCGGCGCCGCCGGAGCCACGUCACUGUGUUUCGUGUACCCCCUCGACUUCGCCAGAACACGUCUCGCCGCCGACGUCGGCAAAGCUGGAGCGGAGCGUGAGUUCAAAGGCCUGGGAGACUGCUUGGUGAAGAUCAGCAAGUCUGAUGGCAUCAAGGGUCUGUACCAGGGCUUCAGUGUCUCAGUGCAGGGCAUCAUCAUUUACAGAGCCGCUUACUUUGGUGUCUAUGACACAGCAAAGGGCAUGCUCCCAGACCCCAAGAACACGCACAUUUUUGUGAGCUGGAUGAUCGCUCAGUCUGUGACGGCCGUCGCCGGUCUCGUGUCCUACCCCUUCGACACCGUCCGUCGUCGUAUGAUGAUGCAGUCUGGACGCAAAGGAGCCGACAUCAUGUACUCCGGCACUAUUGACUGCUGGAGGAAGAUUGCGCGCGAUGAGGGCGGCAAGGCCUUCUUCAAGGGAGCCUGGUCUAACGUGCUCAGAGGCAUGGGUGGCGCCUUCGUGCUCGUCUUGUACGACGAGCUUAAGAAAGUCAUCUAAGCUGUUUUUGUAUGCCCACUGCUCAUGUUGUGAAGUUUAACUGUAACAUAUCUUGUACAUUUGGAAGGACUUAAAUGCGGAGCUAUAUUUAUAGGGACCAACUAGUAUUUUCUACUAGUUGUACCGGAGGAGUCUGUUCUGUACUCUUCUCUUGGCCCAUGUUUUUUGUUUUGUUUUGCCCCUCACCAGAAUGUCAUUCCCUGAACACAGGAAUUUUGCCAGAAAAAGAGAAAUAAAGGCAACCUACUGAGUGA